AUGUUCCUUCGAGGUUUAGCUCAAAGAGCUGGUAGAUUAACAACACGAUCUUCAUUUCGAUGUCUGACAACCGCAAUAAAAACAAAUCCAUCAGUAACACAGCAACAAACUCUUCUCAAUGUGCCCGAAACGCGUGUAACUGCAAUUAAAAGCGGUUUACGUAUAGCAUCGGAAGAUUACGGAUUGCCUACAUGCACCGUUGGUGUAUGGAUCGAUGCUGGAAGUCGGUUUGAAACAGCAGAAAAUAACGGUACAGCUCAUUUUCUUGAACAUAUGGCUUUCAAAGGAACAAAUAAACGAACACAACGUGAACUUGAACUUGAAGUAGAAAAUCUUGGCGCUCAUCUUAACGCGUACACGUCAAGAGAACAGACAGUAUACUAUGCCAAAUGUUUUAGUAAAGAUUUACCACAGAUUGUGGAAUUGCUUUCUGAUAUUGUGCAAAAUAGUCGAUUUGGUGAAGAAGAAAUCGAACUUGAACGUCAUACAAUCUUGCGCGAAAUGCAAGAAAUCGAAAAUAACCUUCAAGAAGUUACUUUUGAUCAUUUGCAUGCAACUGCUUUUCAAGGUACACCUUUGGGUCGAACUAUUCUUGGCCCAUCAGAAAAUAUAAAAUCAAUCAAAAAGGCUGAUUUACUGAAAUAUGUUAAAACACAUUACCGAGCACCACGUAUUGUCUUGGCUGCUGCUGGUGGUGUAAAUCAUGAUCAAUUAGUUCGUUUGAGUGAAGAACAUUUUGUCAAAUUGAAUGCCAAUCAAUCAGGAGAGCCACUUGAUCUUACACCGUGCCGUUUCACUGGAAGUGAGAUUCGUAUUCGAGACGAUGAUAUGCCAUUAGCUCAUAUUGGUAUUGCCGUGGAAAGUACGGGCUGGGCUGAUGCUGACACAAUUCCAUUAAUGGUUGCAUCGACAAUUAUUGGCAAUUGGGACAGAUCGAUGGCUGGUGGUGGUCAUGUUGCAACACGUCUCGGUCAACAAGCAGUCAAAUACAAUCUAUGUCACUCAUAUCAAGCCUUUAAUACAUGCUAUACUGAUACUGGUCUAUGGGGGACGUACUUAGUAACUGACCGAAUGAAAAUUGAUGACGCUAUGAGCGCCAUACAAGAUGAAUGGUGUCGCAUUGCAACAGCAUGUACAGAUAUUGAAGUGACAAGAGCCAAGAAUCUUUUGAAAACCAAUAUGUUACUAAUGCUUGAUGGAUCAACACCAAUUUGCGAAGAUAUCGGACGUCAACUACUAUCUUACGGCCGACGUAUUCCCCUUCACGAACUCGACGCGCGUAUUGAUGCUGUAAAUGCAAACACAGUCAUGGCGGUCAUGAAACAAUAUGUUUAUAAUCAUUGUCCAGCUAUUGCUGCCGUUGGCCCAAUUGAACAAUUACGUGAAUAUAAUCGAACACGUAGUCGAAUGUACACCGUGGCACAUUAA